AAGCUACGGAGUUCAGUGUGCGUUAUAACCGACCGGAAAAAGAGAUCAAUAAUUUACUGGAAAAGAAAAAUGAUCAGCAAAUCAAAGAAAAUCGUCGUAUUUUACGCAGUAUCAUUGAGACAAUUUUGUUUUUAGCAAAGCAAAACAUCUCUUUUCGUGGACAUGAAGAUGAGGGGUUCCCGAGGAAUGAUGCCGCAGCUCAGGGUAACUUUCGAGAGUUACUCAUGUUUCGAUCCUCGUCCGGAGACGAAGUUAUUAAGAAUCAUUUAAAAACUUGUUCACGAAAUGCUAUGUACAUGAGUCCACAGAUUCAAAAUGAAUUGAUUCAAAUUUGUGCUGAAAUCGUGAAGAAAAAGAUUUUAAAGGAACUAAUUUCUUCUUCCGCAUUCUACAGUAUCCUGGUCGAUGAAACAUCUGACGUUUCUGGUACCGAACAGCUUUCAUUCUCGGUUAGAUUUAUGUCGUAUGAAGCAGAUAAUCCAGUCAUCAGAGAAGAAUUUUUGGGCUUUACACCUAUUACUGAUCUAUCUGGAAGAGGAAUUGCUGAGACAGUUAUACAACUUAUUCGAGAGCAUGGCCUCGAUGUACACAAAUUAAGAGGUCAAGGAUUCGACGGUGCCGGCGCAAUGUCCGGAAAAUUUAACGGUGUUCAAAAACAUAUUCGAGAUCUAGUUCCAUCGGCACUUUACGUCCACUGCUCAAAUCACACACUCAAUUUAGCGAUUGGAGAUGCAUGUGUUCUCAAAACAAUUCGUUCUUUUUUUGGCAUGCUUAAAUGUGUUAUUAAUUUUAUCAAUUCAUCACCAAAACGAACAACUAUUUUCAAAAAUGCGAUCGAAGCUACCGUUUGCAUAACCAAAAAACGAAAACUAAUUACAUUGUGCGACACACGCUGGGUAGAACGACAUUCAUCCGUACUAGUUUUUGAAGAGCUAUAUCCAGCUAUUCUUGUAGUUCUCGAUUACUUCGUGGAAAUAGAUCAUUAUAACAAAUUUUAUCUCCUUUUAAACUUUGCGGUUCAGAAGUGA